AUGGCGCGUGGAAACCAGCGGGACAAGGCGCGCGAAAAGGCCCAGAAGAAGGCCGCAGACGCACAAAAAGGCAAGCGGAACGACGACGGCAAGUCGUUCAAGGCGCGGCAAGAAGCGGACGCGGCUAUCAUGAGGCAGAAGCAGGAAGCAGCAGCGGCGAAGAAGGCCGCCGACGGCGCCAAGGCGAAAUAG